AUGACGACGAAUACUCUCCCAAAGUUUCCCUCGACGGUGGACACGAACGACAUCGAACACAUCGAGAAAGACAUCGUCUCGACCUAUUUCUACGCCAUCGAACGCAUCGAAAGCGUCCCAUCUGACGCGAGGAGUUGGUCGAACACUUUUGCCGCGUUCUCUCGAGCGAUCGGGAAAGCGAGCGAGUGCAGCGCGUUGGUGACGUUACCGGGCAUGACGCACGAGAAUGCUGAAGUUCGGAAAGCAUCGAACAAAGCGAAAGACAGAUUGAAAAGCGAACUGUUCGACGCGACGUUUUCGAGAGCAACGCUGUUGGACGUUUUCGAAGACGUUUUUACGAAGAGUUUUACCACCACGAGCGAGGAGGACUUCAACAAAGAGGACUUCAAGUUUGCGAGGAAAGUCAUGGACGAGUUCACACGGAAAGGCACCGGGAACAAGAACCGAGAGAAGAUCAGCGAGAACAUGGCCAAGAUUGAAAGUUUGUGCUCUUCGUUUAGCUCGAACAUUAACGAGGACCAGACGUUUGUUUUAUUCGCGGAGAGCGAGUUAACCGGGGUGCCGGAUUUAAAACAAUAUAAAUUAGACGAAGCGUCCGGGAAGUUGAAGGUGUCGCUGAAAGCGCCGGACGUGAUGCCGAUAAUGCAAUUCUGCGAUAAUCCAAAGAGUCGCGAAAAGUUAGCCAGAGCGAAAGCGACGCAGUGUCAAGAAGAAAACACGGAUUUGUUUUUGCAGACGGUAAAGUUACGCCACGAAACGGCACAGUUGCUCGGUUUUAGAGAUCACGCGUCGUACGUGCUCGAACCGAAAAUGGCGCAAACUCCGGAGAAAGCGAUGGCAUUUUUGAGAGAUAUUUUAGAUCGAUCGAAAACCCGCUUGAAGAAAGACUUGGAGAUGUUACUCGAAUUGAAACGCCAAGAAGAAGGCGAAGCGUGCACGAAGAUCGAACCGUGGGAUAUUUCGUAUUACGCUCGCGCACACAAAGCGACGUUAGGUGUUGAUGAAGGCAAAUUACGCGAAUAUUUCCCGUUGGAACACACCCGCGACGCGAUUUUAUCGACCUACGAAAAGCUGUUAAAUGUGACGUUCGAAAAGCAAACGCACGCUCAAGUUUGGCACGAAGAAGUCGAGUGUUACGCGGUUUACGCGAACGAAGAUACAUCAAAAGCGGCUGGAUACUUCUAUCUGGACUUAUUUCCUCGAGAAGGAAAGUAUUCGCACCAGUGCGUCUACCCGCUUCGACCGUCUUUCUUGAGCGACGACGAGGCCGAAGUGCCUCCCGCGUGCGUCAAUAUCGGCAACUUGUCCCGCUCGACGGAUCCUUCCAAACCAAGUUUGCUGAGGUUUCGCGAGGUGGAAACGUUUUUCCACGAAUUUGGACACGUCAUGCACUGCGUGUUGACGAAAUCUAAACACUCCAUGCAAGCUUGGGCGUGGUCCGCCGUCCCGUGGCCUGGAGGAGUCGAACAAGAUUUCUUAGAGGUACCGUCGAUGAUGUUAGAAAACUUUGUCUGGCGCAAAGAAGUCUUGGGUACGUUAUCGAAACACUAUGAAAGCAACCGGGCGUUACCGGAAGAUGAAAUCGAAAAGCUUUCGAAAUCGCGAUUCGCCAUGGAUGGGUACAAUCGGUGUCGAUUUAUUUCGAUGGCCAUGUACGAUUUACUCGUCCACAGCUCGGAAGGACCUUUGUACGAAUACAACGGACGCCAAGAUCUCGACGCGAAAGAGUUAUACAACGAAAUGACGAAAGAUAUGAGCGGUAUUGAUUACAUCGAACACGCGUUCCCAGUAGCCUCUUGGUUUCACCCGAUGAUGGGGUACGACGCGGGCUAUUUCGGAUAUCUGUGGUCGGAGGCGUUCGCGGCGGAUUUGUUCGCCGAGUUUGAAAACUCAAAAGUAGGUAUUUUAGAUGAAUCUUUAGGAAAGAAGUAUAGAGAGUGCAUCUUAUCGCCGUGCGCGACUAUCGCUGGCGAUUCUAUGCUUGAAAACUUUUUAGGACGCAAACCGAGCUUAGACGCUUUUGUUCGUAGAAUGAAUGACUGA